UUAAAACACAAAUACAAUUGAACAAGAUCAUCACUUCUAUACACUUGAUAUUUUCUCCAAAACAUAUAAUAAAUAAUAAUACAUGAUCUUUUCUUGGAUUAUUACGCCAUGAAAACAUGCAAUAAUACUAUGAGAGAAUGUGUUCAUGCGGCAGAGGGUGUGGCCAUGGCAGGGGGGGUGUGGCCAUCAUGCUAUCAGUUAUUAGCACAUGUACAUGUGUUAGUGUGUUAGUGUUUGUGUCAGUCACAUUUCUCCUUUACGUCCCAAAACUAAAUGCCAUCCAUUCAGCUCAUAUAGAUGACUUGUAUAAGCAGCAUGUAUUCCUCAAGGAUGUUUCCAUUCCUCCUCCUAUGCAUGCUGGGGUCAUGCCGCUGUGGAAAGGAAGGCAGUGUUCCAUCCCUGGGGCGUCCUGACGUGUUUGGCCCUUCGGAGGCUAUGGUGAAUGAGGUUGUUGAAUUUCAAUGUCUUCUGUCCGUCUACCCAAAGGAUGAAACCAUCCUGCUGGAGUUAUUCAAGGAGGGAAACCGUGGCAAGUUGCUGGGGUUGUACAGUUCCCUCAACGGGGAGACUGCGACCUUCCCCAUCGUGAUCAGAACUUUACACGAGGGCAACCUGGAGUGUGUGGCUAGAGCGCAGAACAAUUCUCUCCUGGAGCCCACUGUCAGUUAUACGCACUACCUCAAGGUCAUCGAACCAGUUGCAGGUGCAAAGGUCAUCAUUCAGUCAGGUCAAGAUGAGGUCUUUGUUGGAAGCACGCUGAAGCUGAGAUGUCAGCUUACGGCUGGAAAUCACGUCUCCUACAAGUGGCUACAAGAUGGUCAGCCGGUCUCACAGUCUCCACUUCACUAUGCAGUAGAAGACCAGCUGCUCCUCUACAGAACCUCCACGGCGGACAGCGGCUCCUACACGUGCAUGGCGACAAACCGCUACAAAACAACGCCAUUCACGUCCAACAGUUCCGCAGUCGUCAUCACAGUCAAAGACGUGGUGUCAAACCCUGACAUUUCCUUCAGCGUGCUGAAAGAGGAUCCCCACAACUAUUUUGCUUUGGUGACCUGCCAAUCAACCAAAGGGACGCCGAACGUCACCUUCUCCCUCUACAACAGGACACAACUGGCUGGCAAUAUGACAGUCGAGGAGAGGAAAGCCACGUUCAAGAUCCCCCUGGUUUUGGAGCGACACUUAGGAUGGUUCCAGUGCCAGGCCUACAACGGGGAUCGGGUUGCGUACAGUAACUGGUUGCCCUUACAAGUUGCGAGUGUGGCUGGGCCAGUGACGAUGAAGUACGACUACGAUGUUGGAGAAAACUACGCCGUCGUCGGCCUGAGGUUAUACUGCAAGGCGACCAAAGGAUCUCAUCCGCGGUACAAAUGGUUUCUCAACCAAACGCUUCUCCAGGGCCGGGGAAGCUUCUACUACACGGUCCAUCAGCCUCCAGAACAGUCCAUGCUCCUGCUAUCUGUAGGGAGGAGCAGUGCCGGGACGUACCAUUGUGAGGUGUCUGACAUUUUUGACAACAGCAGCGCCGUCAGCAGCAACAAGCAGUACCUGGACAAACACGUGCUGAACGGUUUCCCCGUCUCCGUGGUCGCUGUUGUCUUUGGAUGUUUCACGUUUCUGCUUCUCCUCGUCGCCGCUUGUUGUUGGACUGGAGUCUUGUACAGAAGAAGAUCAAACGGAGAGAAGUCCUAUUCCUCGGUAACUACUCUACUCAUUAGUUCUUCAUUAGCUCCUCAGUAAGUACUCUAAAGGUAUGUGCCUCAGUCAUUUGUUUUUCAUGAGUUCCUCAGUAACUACUCUAAAUGUAUGCACUUUAGUUCCUCAGUAACUACUCUAAAUGUAUGCACUUUAGUUUCUCAGUAACUACUCUAAAUGUGUGCACUUUAGUUUCUCAGUAACUACUCUACUCUUUAGAGUCUCAUUAGUUCUUCAUUAACUCAUCAGUAACUACUCUAAAUGGAUGUGCCUUAGUCAUUAGUUCCUAGGUGACUAGUCUAAAUGUUUGUGCCUUAGUUCCUCAGUAACUACUCUACUCAUUAGUUCUUCAUUAGCUCCUCAGUAAAUACUCUAAAGGUAUGUGCCUUAGUCAUUUGUUUUUCAUGAGUUCCUCAAUAACUACUCUAAAUGUAUGCACUUUAGUUUCUCAGUAACUACUUUACUCUUUCGAGUCUCAUUAGUUCUUCAUUAACUCAUCAGUAACUACUCUAAAUGUAUGUGCCUUAGUCAUAAGUUUUUCAUUAGAUCUUCAGUAACUACUCUAAAUGUAUGUGCUUUCAUCACUAGUUCUUCAGUGACUACUCUAAAUGUUUGUGCCUUAGUUCCCCAGUAACUACUCUACUCAUUAGUUCUUCAUUAGCUCCUCAGUAAGUACUCUAAAGGUAUGUGCCUUAGUCAUUUGUUUUUCACGAGUUCCUCAGUAACUACUCUAAAUGUAUGCAAUUUAGUUUCUCGGUAACUACUCUACUCUUUAGAGUCUCAUUAGUUCUUCAUUAACUCAUCAGUAACUACUCCAAAUGUAUGUGCCUUAGUCAUUAGUUUUUCAUUAGAUCCUCAGUAACUACUCUAAAUGUCUGUGCUUUUGUCACCAGUUUCUCUGUGACUACUCUAAACGUUUGUGCCUUAGUUCCUCAGUAACUACUCUACUCAUUAGUUCUUCAUUAGCUCCUCAGUACUCUAAAGGUAUGUGCCUUAGUCAUUUGUUUUUCAUGGGUUCCUCAGUAACUACUCUAAAUGUAUGCACAUUAGUUCCUCAGUAACUACUCUACUCUUUAGUUUCUCAUUAGUUCUUCAUUAACUCAUCAGUAACUACUCUAAAUGUAUGUGCCUUAGUCAUUAGUUUUUCAUUAGAUCCUCAGUAACUACUCUAAAUGUAUGUGCUUUUGUCACUAGUUCCUCAGUGACUACUCUAAAUGUUUGUGCCUUAGUUCCUCAGUAACUACUCUAGUCAUUAGUUCUUCAUUUGCUCCUCAGUAAGUACUCUAAAGGUAUGUGCCUUAGUCAUUUGUUUUUCAUGAGUUCCUCAGUAACUACUCUAAAUGUAUGCACUUUAGUUUCUCUGUAACUACUCUACUCUUUAGUUUCUCAAUAGUUCUUCAUGAACUCAUCAGUAACUACUCUAAAUGUAUGUGCCAUAGUCAUUAGUUUUUCAUUAGAUCCUCAGUAACUACUCUAAAUGUCUGUGCUUUCGUCACUAGUUCCUCAGUGACUACUCUAAAUGUUUGUGCCUUAGUUCCUCAGUAACUACUCUACUCAUUAGUUCUUCAUUAGCUCCUCAGUACUCUAAAGGUAUGUGCCUUAGUCAUUUGUUUUUCAUGAGUUCCUCAGUAACUACUCUAAAUGUAUGCAUUUUAGUUCCUCAGUCACUACUCUACUCUUUACUCUUUCAUUAGUUCUUCAUUAACUCAUCAGUAACUACUCUAGAUGUAUGUGCCUUAGUCAUUAGUUUUCAUUAGCUCCUCAGUAACUACUCUAAAUGUCUGUGCUUUCGUCACCAGUCCCUCAGUGACUACUCUAAAUGUUUGUGCCUCAGUUCCUCAGUAACUACUCUACUCAUUAGUUCUUCAUUAGCUCCUCAGUACUCUAAAGGUAUGUGCCUUAGUCAUUUGUUUUUCAUGAGUUCCUCAGUAACUACUCUAAAUGUAUGCACUUUAGUUUCUCUGUAACUACUCUACUCUUUAGUUUCUCAAUAGUUCUUCAUGAACUCAUCAGUAACUACUCUAAAUGUAUGUGCCAUAGUCAUUAGUUUUUCAUUAGAUCCUCAGUAACUACUCUAAAUGUCUGUGCUUUCGUCACUAGUUCCUCAGUGACUACUCUAAAUGUUUGUGCCUUAGUUCCUCAGUAACUACUCUACUCAUUAGUUCUUCAUUAGCUCCUCAGUAAGUACUCUAAAGGUAUGUGCCUUAGUCAUUUGUUUUUCAUGAGUUCCUCAGUAACUACUCUAAAUGUAUGCAUUUUAGUUCCUCAGUAACUACUCUACUCUUUACUCUUUCAUUAGUUCUUCAUUAACUCAUCAGUAACUACUCUAGAUGUAUGUGCCUUAGUCAUUAGUUUUCAUUAGCUCCUCAGUAACUACUCUAAAUGUCUGUGCUUUCGUCACCAGUCCCUCAGUGACUACUCUAAAUGUUUGUGCCUCAGUUCCUCAGUAACUACUCUACUCAUUAGUUCUUCAUUAGCUCCUCAGUAAGUACUCUAAAGGUAUGUGCCUUAGUCAUUUGUUUUUCAUGAGUUCCUCAGUAACUACUCUAAAUGUAUGCACUUUAGUUCCUCAGUAACUACUCUACUCUUUAGUUUCUCAUUAGUUCUUCAUUAACUCAUCAGUAACUACUCUAGAUGUAUGUGCCUUAGUCAUUAGUUUUUCAUUAGCUCCUCAGUAACUACUCUAAAUGUAUGUGCUUUCGUCACUAGUUCCUCAGUAACUACUCUAAAUGUAUGUGCUUUCGUCACUAGUUCCUCAGUGACUACUCUAUAAGUUGGCGCCUUAGUUUCCCAGUAACAACGCUACUCGUUAGUUCUUCAUUAGUUCCUCAAUAACUACUCUAAAUGGAUAUGCCUUAGCUCAUCAAUAACUACUCAAAUUGUAUGUGCCUCAGUCAUUAGUUCCUCAGUAACUACUCUAAAUGGAUGUGCCUUAGCUCCUCAAUAACUACUCUAAUUUGAUGUGCCUCAGUCAUUAGCUCCUCAGUAAUGACAGUAUUUUUGUGUACCUUAUUGUAAAAUGAGACCAACAACGCAGUAAAUAAAUACGUGUAUACAAAUAGUUUCUUUUCUCUCCCAGUGUGGUCCAAGAGAUGGAGACAUUCCAAGCUUAUGAGGACGAGCUGGUUUGUACGAUUUCUACAUCUUCAUCACUAUAAAUACCAGACUCUUCAUCACGAAGUUACCCCACAUGUCAUUUUGUGUUCAAAAAUGCAGCAUGAAAAAGAGCAAUAAUACAAGAUCAAAUAAGAUGUCAACAUACAUGACAUGAACAUAAACAUAAACAUGAUCAUAUAUCUAUCAUCACAUUUGCACCAGUCCCUAUCAUGUUUACAUGUCACGUGUUAUCAUAUUUGCACAUAUGAGCAUGAUAUGGAGCAGCGCUAAUACUGAAUGACAAUUGGUCCUUGUUCAUUCAAUCUACCUCAAACCUUUGCUUGCAGGAAGUGUCCAAGUAUCAGGACGAUUUGGACAUUAAUGACGACUACAGGACAACUAUGCACCUUCAUUGAAGAUACACACUAUAAAAAUAAAAUACACCAUAAAAUGUGGGCGUUCCCUGCCAAACGUGGCCUUGAGUGCAUUCUCCAUUUGACUUUAGUACUUUAGCACCUGCAGUAUCUCCAGCGCCCUCUUAAGGCUGAAAUAUUACAUUGCACUUUAAUUUGGUAGGUACUCAACUGCCACUGUCAGUGUUAUUUAUUUCUCUCUUCCUCAUCGCUAGACAUUAUAAACCUACAAUAUUAGGUUAGGUUGUCCAUAAGUAUAAUGUGAGUGUGAAUGGUUGUUUGUCUAUAUGUGCCCUGUGAUUGGCUGGUGACCAGUCCGGGGUGUACCCCGCCUCUCGCUCAAAGACAGCUGGGAUAGGCUCCAGCACCCCCUGCGAGAAUAAGCGGUAGAAAAUGAAUCAAUGAAUAUUUUCAUAGUUAUGGCAUAGAAAACCUGAUCUUCUGAAUAUUUUUUUUUUACAUUCCAUGCCUGAACCCUU